AUGCCGAGCUUUCUCUCCAAGCUUUUUCGCAAGAAAAAGGGGCCCGAUGAGGGCUCCACCAACGCUUCCAAGGGGAGCAGCAAGAAGAGUCGCAAGUCCAAGAAGAACAAGAAAGUAGACAACAAACAACCCACGGCACCAGUUGCACCAGCUUCUAGUGCCAAAAAGGCCGUGCAGCAGCACGCAAAACAACCAUCACCACGACAACCAGUGAGUAAUAGUAGCAAUGGAGCAGGUCCUUUCAGCAGUGGCAACAAUGAGUCACGCGUCCUGUCGCCACACAACCAAGUACCAAACCUCAUGGAACGUGCCAACAAUGAGCCAGGACCUCACACAAUGGCUGGUUCACCACAUCAUCAACAAGUAAAACAGCACAAUUCGCCUGUUACCAAUAGCCACAGCAAGGGUUGGGGAGGCCCAGUGGACCUUGAUGAAUCCGAUUUGGGCAGCGACACUGACGAGAACCAAGUACAAACCACCCGAAAUGGACACAAUCAUCCUGUUCAGCAGCAACAGCAGCAGAGACUUAGUGUCCAGCAGCUGCAUCGGUUUGAUAUGCAGCACCAGAAGCGCGAAACACCUUCUCAUCAGUUCUACAUGCCAAAGGAUGAACCUGCUAGGUUCUCGGCGGGUCAUGUCCCAGUAGUAGAUGAUAUGAACCGAUCGGAUGCCUCUUCUUCCUCUUUUAACCUAUCCACAGAUGCCGAGGACACGGAAUACGAGGCUCUCAAAAGACGUGGAGUAGUUCCAAACCCUACAGUCCUCGACUCGUCUCAUUUGUCUGGUGUGUCAUCCCCCACCAACUACAACACGGAUGGGGACAACUCCAUUUUCCCUGCACUGCAAACUGACGAUGAAGCAACUUUGGCGGAUCGAGACUCUAGAGCUGAUGGCAUUCUACCAGCAAAGUCACCAGGUGCAAAUAGCGACGAUGCUGGAGGAGCCUUGCGAAUGAAUGCACAAGGCAUCUCCUCGUCUUCAUCCUCCAGUCAGCAGAAGCAUGCACAGCUUGGUCGUCUAUCAAAAAGCGAAGAUGAAGAUGAGCGUGCAUGGACCGUCAGUCCAACAAAAGAUGGGGCGAACCCGUUUCCGUUUCAUAACCCAGCCUCGCCUACCCCGAGACGCAAUUUCACGUCACCAAAGAUGGCACGUUCUCCGACAAGCUUCACGAACCCGCCCUCUGCCACCUCCCAAAAUGACACCAGCAAUGAAUUCGCAAAUUUUGCUGAUUUCAGCAACGUCACCUUUCCGGCAGACACGGAAUCCUGGGGUGCUCCAAAGUCCGAAAGAGUUGCUGUCGAUGGGUCUCCGCCACCCGUUUCUCCCGGCAGGAAGACGCAUCGUCCAUCCAACUCAGCAGCUGACAUGACACUCUCGGACAUUCUUGCGCAAGCCAAGGGCAAACAUGCCAGCACAGGUGGAGGCGGAGGAAGAAGUACUGGCAGUGGUGGAGGCGGAGGAGGCAAUCGUCGUGUGUCGGCUUCCUCCGUCAAUUCGGCACCAGCAAUCACUGCCAAGUACUUGCGACAGCACCAUAACCUCAGACCCGUUCGGCCCUCUGGUGAUCAAGAUGGAACCACUCCAGUGUCGGAUAUUAUUGACAGUUUGGAGAUGGCCAAUGCAUCCAGAGCCUCGCAUCACAGCACGGGCGGAGGAAGCAGCAAGUCCGUGACACAGCCAUCUUAUCGUGAUUCCUCUCGCUCAGCCAAAGAUCGUAUGCGAGAUCGUCGCCGCAGAGGUGAUAAAGAGUACUCCUCUUCCCGCCGACGAGGAGAUCCCAACCACCCAACCGAGUCCUCUGAUGGUUCUGAUCAGGAGGCCUCUGAGUCCUGGUUGUUUGAUGAAGUCACUGGAGCACUGGGCCCCCGAGGGAUAGCAGCUGAUUUGGAGUCGCUCAGUGGACGAUCCAAAUCCUCCAGUGGCAAUAAGUCCCACAAGUCUCAUCGAUCGCAUCGCUCUCACAGAUCUCAUGGUAGAUCACGCCGCCGCAAGUCUAGCAAAAAUCACCAGCAUCCUUCCUCUGGAGAAAGUGUGGACAGUCGCGGCAGUCGACACAGCAGAGGUAGCCGCUACUCUCAUCGCUCUACUCGAUCCUACUUGUCUCAGAUGUCGGAGCAAAGCCGCAGUGUUGCCAAUGAUUUGUUGCGUCUGGAGAUGCAGCUAGCUAUGGUUGGCUCACAAGACAACAACGCAGCAACUGCUACGGCCGCUGCUGGAUCUUCAGCAAGUGUGGCAUCGCGAGCCAGUCGCAAGAGUCGUUCUUCCGCUCGGCGUACCGUUGCUAUUGCUCGUCGAAACAAGGUGACAAUUCAGGCACCGCCGGGUAAGUUGGGUAUCAUUCUUGCUAACAAGGCUGAUUCCAAGGGGACUGUCGUCUCGGGAGUUAGAUCUUCUAGCGUCUUGUCGGAGAAAAUCUCCCCAGGAGAUCGAAUUGUGGCUAUUGAUGGUGAAGAUGUCAGUCUCAUGACCGUGUCAGAGAUCACCACUAUCAUGGCACGCAAGAGUGACUUUGAAAGAACUCUGACAGUUUUGACGACACCAAAACACUUGAGCAUGCCGAGCAGCUCUUCGUCGGGUACCCAACCUUCGGCAGCUGACGGUGCAAUGCGCAACGGUGGGAUGUCCUCGCCAAGCAAAUCAUCAACGAAAGACUAUGACUCAUACCACAAUCACAAUCGGUACAGCAAUAGCGGAAGGUGA